GGCCCCGCCCCAAUCGCCGCCCUCCGCGCGCGGUGCCUGCCGGGAGUCUGGCCAAGGCCCGAGCCGAGGCGCAGCAGGAGGCGCGCGGUGCAUGACUGCAGGAGCCCCGACAGUUCUUCUCUCAGCUCAUCUCCUCCGCUGCUGGGCACAGGAACCUCCCCCCCGCCUGAGCCUUUGGCCCCCCUCCACCCUUCUAUGAUCGGCUCGGCCAUGACCACCUCCCUCGGUGGGCUGGGCUCCCCGUUCCCCGUCAUCAGCUCCUCGAUGGGCUCCCCGGGCCUCCCCGCCACGCCCUCCAUCGGUUACGGGCCCGUCAGCAGCCCCCAGAUCAACUCCACGGUGAACCUCUCGGGACUCCAUUCGGUCAGCAGCUCGGACGACGUCAAACCCCCGCUGGGCAUGAGAGUGGUGUCUGGCCACGCCCACGGCAACAUGAUGCCCGGCAAGCGCCUCUGUGCCAUCUGUGGUGACCGGUCGUCAGGGAAGCACUACGGGGUGUACAGCUGCGAAGGCUGCAAGGGGUUCUUCAAGCGCACCAUCCGGAAGGACCUGACCUACACCUGCCGCGACAACAAGGACUGCGUCGUGGACAAGCGCCAGCGCAACCGCUGCCAGUACUGCCGCUACCAGAAAUGCCUGGCCACCGGCAUGAAGCGCGAAGCGGUGCAAGAGGAGCGCCAGCGCGGCAAGGACAAGGAAGGGGAGGGUGACUUGCCUGGGGGCGGGGCCAACGAGGACAUGCCCGUGGAGAAGAUCCUGGAAGCCGAACUGGCCGUGGAGCAGAAGUCGGACCAGAGCGUCGACGGAUCCGGCACGGGGGGCAGCUCGCCAAAUGACCCCGUGACCAACAUCUGCCAGGCGGCUGACAAGCAGCUCUUCACCUUGGUGGAGUGGGCCAAGCGCAUCCCCCACUUCUCGGAGCUGCCCCUCGAUGACCAGGUCAUACUGCUUCGGGCGGGUUGGAACGAACUGCUGAUCGCCUCCUUCUCCCACCGCUCCAUCUCGGUGAAGGACGGGAUCUUGCUGGCCACGGGGCUCCACGUCCAUCGCAACAGUGCCCACAGUGCCGGCGUGGGCGCCAUCUUUGACAGGGUGUUGACAGAGCUGGUGUCGAAGAUGCGGGACAUGCGGAUGGACAAGACAGAACUGGGCUGCCUCCGCGCCAUCAUCCUCUUCAACCCAGAUGCCAAAGGGCUCUCGAACCCCGGAGACGUGGAGCUCCUGCGGGAGAAGGUAUACGCCUCACUCGAGUCCUACUGCAAACAGAAGUACCCGGAACAGCAGGGCAGGUUUGCCAAGCUGCUCCUGCGUCUGCCGGCGCUGCGUUCCAUCGGGCUGAAGUGCCUGGAGCACCUCUUCUUCUUCAAGCUCAUCGGGGACACCCCUAUCGACACCUUCCUCAUGGAGAUGCUGGAGGCCCCCCACCAGCUGUCUUGACCCCACCACCACGACCACCACGCCAGAGAGUCAGCCGGGAGGGGGGGACCCCCCGCAGGAACACGAGCCCUGGAUCCGCACCCUCGGGACCGCCCCCCUUCUUCGACGCAGCCGACGCACACACACCCCUCAGACGUCCUGCUUCCCGGCCCCCCGCCCUGGCCAGACCCUUCAGAAGAGAUAUGGGGGCGGGGGGCAGAAGUUUCCUCGGACAGCAGGGCUUUUGCAGCGCGGGAAGGCAGGAGCCCCCUCUUCUCGGCUCGCGUGGAACAUUUUUUUUUGGGGGGGGGAGUCUUAUCUGGAUUGUCUUUGCCCCCAAAGCGCACCCCGAGUGCGAGGGUUCGAUCGGAGGAGGAAGAGGCUGCCCCGUGUGUGGGGGGGGUUGGGGGGAGGCUGCCCGCUCACACUCCGCCCGCCACCCAU